AUGGUAAAUAUGGAAAUCCAAUAUAUCACACAAUUAAUUAUUUUAGUGAAUUACCUGCUACCAAAUUUGCCAUCAGACUUAACUUUUGAAAUUUUUACAUUACCAUCAUCUCAGACAAGUCGACGUAAUUCUUCAUCAAGUCCCGGAGUAAUAAAUGACACUGUAAUAACAACAACAACUGCUACUGUUAUUACUGGUGAUGAUAGUGGUAACGCUGCUGAUAAUAUCCUCAGUGGCGGUAAUUGUGAUAACGAUGAUAUUGAUGAUGACGAUAAUGAAUGCGGUGAUAAUCACGGAGUCGAAUCAUCAGUUCCAACAAAUGGUAGUUAUAUUAAAAGUGAACGGGUGGUGGAAAGGGUCAGUGGUAUUCAUUUUCUCACAAGAGAUCAUGAAGACGAGGAUCGUAAUCCAGAUCUACUGGUACCCAAGUCUGAAACAACAAGUGAUACUGAGCCGGAAGUUAGAAAACAGCUGCUGGAAUACCUGAUCCAAAAUGAUGGAUCGGUGAUCUGCAAGUGGUGCGGAGAAGUUUUGCCUUCACGGACGAGGUGGUAUCGGCAUAAGUACAAACUUCAUGUGUCUACGCAGGUAACACAGCCCGCACCGUUAUUUAAAUGUCACAGCUGCAAUGCAUACUUCAAGUCACGCAAGGGCUACAUUGGACAUCUUAGCUCCAGGCACUCUGAUAAUGACAACAACGAGAAUGACGAAAAUCGCGAGGAGCAAAUAAAUAAAAAAUCUCGAAGGACUUCGGAUAUUGGAAAAGGUCCAGACUGGGAACAGCAGCGAGAAAAAGAAGAAAAACUUGUUGCUGAUAUUAUUGAUAGAGUUAAGAGAGAAUGUGAAGCUCAGGGUGAAACUGUUACAAGACGCGGCUACUCCAGGAGGACAACGGUUAUGAACAGCUAGAACCAACAAAAAUAAUUGUUACGAUGUGCCAAAAAUAUGUCUUCUUACUUAAAAAUUUAGAUAAGAAUAAAAAAAAAAUAAAAUCGGGUAUAAAAAUUAACGUGUCUAUCAAUCAGCUGAUAGAGCUGAUGUCUAAAAGUCUUUAUAAUCAGAAAAGUAUUAUAUAUAUUUGAAUGCAUGCUAUGUAAAUAAUUUUAUUUAAAUUAGUUUAUAAUAAUUGUAAUAAUGAUAAUAUUUUAAAAAAUCAACUCGCAUUAAUUGCGAAUUCAAAAAAUUUAUUCAGUGCCAAAAGGAAAUUUAAAUUAUAUAGAUUUGAAACGAGUACCUUUGCAUAUAUUUUAAUUGCUUGGUAGUUUAUGAGACGAGCGAUUUAUUGCUCAAAUGUGCGUUAAUUAAAAACAAGUCUUCUUACGCACGUCUUCAUAAUUAUUAUUUUCUCUUAUUUCAUUUCAAAUUGAAUACUAGAUAGAGAAACAUGAUCAAACACCAAUAUUUUCGAGUAAUAGACUAGAUUAAUGAUUCAAAUCAACAUAAUAUUAAUAAUAAUGAUAAUUAAAUUAACAGCAGGAAAUGUUAAUGAUAUAAAUAUAUAAAUAUAUGAUCCAGUAAUUAGCAAUCUUGCUAAUUAAUUCAAAGUCUGUCCAUUUUUUCCGUAUUUUGAAAGUAUUUUUUUUAAUAAAGGGGAGGAAAAUUAAGAGCUGAGAUAAUUCAUUCAAAAUUAUGUUAAUAAUUAUUGAUUAAUUAAUUAAAUAGUAUAUUGUGUGACAAGGGAUGAAAUAACGAUUUCAGACCAAGGUGAAGUCGGCUGACAUCACUCGGAGUGAAAUCGUCUUACAUCCUGAGACACUAGAUUACGCCAAGAAAUCCUUUUUUUCUGUGUAUUAAAAAAAUGACAAGUAUCAGAAUUCAAAUUCCGAAAGCCUUCAGUCAGCGGGACAGAGACAUUUGUUUGUUCUCUCCGGACGAAACAAGUUUGUUUCUGCCCGCUAACUGGACAUUCACAAUUUACGUCUGCUAAUAUUCUUCGCGGCAUUGGACUAAAAUUCGCUUCUUUUGACUAAAUAUAGACACUGAGUCUUCAAGUUUCGAUGCUGGUAACUUAAAAAAAAAUUCAGUGAUAAAGACCCAGUCUUAAAUUCAAAAUUUUUUUUUUCUACAGAGCGGGUAUAUAAUAAAUUUAUAAAAUAAAAUUAUCAGCUCAUCGCACCACCUCCCCAUUGUAAAUAAUAUGUAAUAAUGUAGAUAGUCGAAAAUCUUUGCUCAUCGUCUUUUAAUCUCUACUCCAACAAAAUUAAUUAAUUAAUUAAUUAAAUAAAUUAAUUAAUUUUUUUCUUCCCUUGAGAGACUAUACAUAAAAUGUAUUUGUACUUACAUUUAAAUAUCAAUUGCCAAAGGAUGUGAUCUUCCAAAUAAAAUCAU